AUGCAGAAAGCCAAAGAAAACAAGCAAAACAAACCUAUAACAGCAGCUUACAGCUUACUAUAUAUCAUCAACCAUAUCUUCCUCCCUCCCAAGCUACCACAAGAGGAUAAUACCGACAUCAUGGAAGAUCUUGCGCUCACAGAGGAAUUUAGGGCUGCGUUGGAGUCAUUCAUGGCCCACCUUCCUCCAGAAGAUCGCUUGGAAUGGGCAUCUUGCGCUAAGAUGCUAAGCAGGAUACUUGAGACGAGAGAUCCAUAUAUCCUUCUAUUCCAUAUUCGCGGUCAGAAUGCUGGCCUCAUCAGUCGUGCAACACCCCAACACUUCGUGUUCGAGUCGUUUAAACUCUCCCCUACCACCGCUGCCGUCAUGGCAACAAAGGGUAGACUUCGACGCCAUUUCCCUGGUCCGGCUAUUGCAUUGGGCAACGAGAAGAUAGCUGAGACUUCUUUUUGCGAGGCUUUGGCAGAACUACUAGCACGGCUUGAUAUCGAUACCCCGAUAGAGUCAGUCCCUGUUGUAUCAAAAGCUGGCUCUCACACCACGGAGAUUCGGGAUACCGUGCAUCCAAAGUUCGUCACGGAGAUGCUCACCGGACAACCCGCGGAUGUUUCUCGCAUCCAUAAGCGCACACGCGAUGAUGUGCUCUGGAACGAUGCUUUGAAACCUUGGCGCCGGUCACCCCUCUGGCUGCUACUUCGCGUCGCGCUACAAACCAGUCUCGUUACUGGACAUGAAGAUCACAGACCGUACAAAUCAUUCAUGGUCUUCUUCAUGGCACGUAUCUUGAAGCGCGCCUUGCAGGCCGCUAUGCCUAGCGAUACACUAUUCGUUAUGGCUACCAAGAUCAGUAGACGAGCAUUAAAGCUCUCUAUGAUAGAUGAGCAGCCCUGGAUGCGAUAUGUCCACGACAUUAUUAAGGCAGCUCAGGCUGAAAUUACCAGCAGGUGGCACGUGAUCGAGCAGAAAACAGAUCCACUUGGGCUACAGUCAAAAUGGAACCCGUCGCAAUUGUCAUUCGAUAAAGAUAUAGGGUUGAGCCUCUUAAGUCUCCAGCCUUACCUCGGUGGAAGACCGAAGCUGGAAGACAUACCUGUGGAUGCUGGCAAGUUCCAGCCGAACUGUGGCCAACGUAUUGAUCAACUUGAGUCAAAGCUUCCUCAGUUCGGCUCGAAGGUCAAUGAUCGUCUGUCACUCAUGGACGUCGAAAUCUGGGUUCAAGAGCACCUAGAUGGAUGGCUAUGUGCCAACCUGACGUUACAAGAUGCCUGCGCACGACUAGCGGGGCUAGUCCAAGCCUACACCAUUGUUGCCGGCCCCGUGUAUGGCGAGAGUGCCGAGGAUACAUCACUAAUGCUGCUUACGGUCAUGGAUAUAUGGGUAGCUCUAGACAAGUGUGCUACUCAUCAAUACCCACUGUUAAAAGAGUAUGAUUCUGGAUUCCCUACGACAUUAUUUGAUCCCUUGUUGCUUCCCAAAAAAAUUCACCUAGAGCGGCUAGUCCGUGUCGAACAACAUAUCAAGCAGAGGAAAAGCGAAUCUACACGUCUUUCUGCUCUUAUUUUUCGAAACAUCAACAAGGCCAACAGCUUUGCUGUCAAAUAUUUUGAGCGUUCAUUCAGCCAUCAAGAGCUCCGGCGCAAGAUCGAGUUGGCAGCAGAGCUCGAACGGGCGCAGAAAAAAGAGGAGCUGACACGUAAACGCGAAGAGUACAAUCGCCUGAUGCGAGAGUCGGACUCAUUGAGCCAUGCGGAGGAGACUGGAUUUGACCGCUACCGCGAGUACCCCAUCCAUCCGUCAAGCUGCUACAAGUUGGCCGCUUCCCCAGACCGAAGUAGAAGCGAAGUGUACCGUGUUCGAACUGGACGUACCAGUCGCGAUAUCCAAGUGGAGGGAUACGACGCAUACCCUGCUCCCCGAGAUAUUUCUGAACAAGAGGACAACGUAUAUUCCCUCAGGGACUUCGACGGCUUGAGAAACUACGUGCAAGGCCCAAUGGGAAGGCUGCAACUUGCUUCCAAGGCGAAACCGUUCAUCGUAGCCCACUACCGCAUCAAGAAGAUUCCGCAAGCAACUAAGGGGAAUAUCUGCGUGAACAACGGCCUGCAUUAUUCCAUGUACGACUCGAAGUCACGGCAGUGGACAACAGAAGCGAGGUGUGAUAUCUGGAGGAUCUGUACUCUGCAGCUCCCAGCUGGAUCUUACAGCAAACUGCAGUACACCGUAGACAAAACCACCCACACGUCAAAUGAGGCCAUCGCUUGGCAGUCCGAGUGCCCGACAGUGCUUAACUUGCAUGAGUACUAUCAAUUUGCAACGUUGAGAUCAGGUCAUCGGCUUCAGUGGCGUAACAUCGCCCGUGAACUGACCGCUUAUAUCCUCAAUUUCAGUCGGGAGGAGACACAUAUCUUGAUUAUCCAGGCAGCCUGGCAGGCCCAGUGCCAGCACGGUACAAGAGCUUGUCGCGAAGCUCAUGUUGACCUCGAAGAAGAAGAGUUUGGAACAACGCUGCUAUCGGUCUUGCAUCAGGCGCUUGAUGCCGUGGAGGGCAACUGGCAAGGCGCUACCGCAGCACGCACUUUUGUCAUGCUUGCCGCCCGGCUCCUCUCCUUAUCCUCGCAUCGUGCAGUUCGCGAUGGCUGUUACUUAUUCUUGCGACGAGCAAGAGAUGUCGCUCUAUGUUGGGUCCGAGACGUGGGCCGCCUGCUUCACGAGGAGCAGGAUCCGGAAGAGCUAAAGGCCAUGAAUUUGCGGACCCUAGAGAUGGCCCUCAUAUACUAUAGCACUUCUGAUGUGGACCAGAUACACCUCUCGGCACUGCUGAGAACAGAUGAAGAUGUUACUGUAAUAAUUGAGUGUAGCAUCAUCAUCCACGAUCGUUGUCCUGCUAUGACACGGGACUUACCUACACCCUUGAGGAUGCUACUUUGGCGAUUUGAGAGGCUAUCCCAUUCCCUUAAAGGGUAUCUGCGCCAGCAAAUUCUUCGCACACAGGGGGGCAUUGACAAGGCCAUACGACGAGUCUGGGCUGGAUACCUUCCGGGAAGUCCUUGGGCCGCCAUCCAAAGCCCCAACCAGCGGUGGGUAAUGACCGAGACUUCCCCCGACGGUGGUCUUACCAUGACAGUGCAUUAUAAUACCUUGGAUGGGAGCCUGCUCAUCAAUGGAUCGCCGCUGACGAGACUUCCCCGACCGUAUGAACUUCACGACACUUAUCGUCGACUUUUCAACGAGAAAGUCCUGGAUGUUGUUCCGUCGAAGAUGGCCGGAAUGAUAUUCGCGACGCGGAACACCGUCGGCGGGCAACAGAAGCUUGUUCAUAGCCUCCUGGCUCUCGCAACUGUCCCAGGUCUUCGAGCGCUGUUGCCUCCUCGGCAUUCGACAUUCCAACUCAAAGAUGGGUAUAUGCCAAUGCGAAAGCGACUCAAAAUUCUGGAGUUCGCCGACCAGCUUUGGCUUGUGAAUGUGGAAUAUCCCGGCCUUUUGAGCCAGCUCCCCCAGUCGAAAUCCGACUUGUGA